CGAAGAAUUGAUGCUGGCAUUUAGACAGGGAAGGGAAGAAAUAGUUGGGCUUGGUCUCCGAUACACCGAAUAUUUCUAUUUCUAUUCGUGUUAACUAUUUUAUUUUAUGGAAAUUCAUCAGAAGUGGCUUCGUGGCUUCAGUGUUAAAACAGUGUGAAACGAUUCGAAGUAGUGAAUUGCAACCCAGUGUUAAAGCCUUUGGUGCACACAGCAUUGGACAAGAGUAAAGUCCUUGAACUGCAUACACAUCUUGUUAUAUUUUGGUCCUGUGGAUUUUUCGCGAUAGUUUCUUGUCACACAGUCAAUUAGUCGUUUUUCCAUGUGCUUGAGGUGGAGUAGGUUGAAUUCUGCAUGGAGUUUACAUAAAAAUAAUGAGAAAAACUCCUAAGAAUCGAAAUACAGAAUUUCCGCCUUCAGCUGCUGCUGCCGAGAGAUUAGCAGAUUAUAAGGGUGAGGGAAAUCUACUUGGUGUGGCAAGUCUUACUUCUCCUGAAUUAGACGGUCAUCCCAUACUUUCGGCAAGCGAAAUGCCCGAAGUGAAUGAAGGAAACCCUGUCCCGUCGUCCAGUUCCAGUUCUAAAGAUAACAAGACUGGUUUUGCUAAGUCUCCACAAGCUCAAGCUCAUUGCCAACCAAGAGUGAUUGAGAAGAAGUUAUCUUCGGGUUCUCUAAGCUCCGGAGGCUGCGAUGGAGCGCGCCCAAAAGUGGUUACUGUUAAGCACCCGGAGUCAAACAAACCAAAACCUACAGUUAAAAAGAAUAAGCCGAUUCAAGCUGAUCUGGAUGUUGCCAAAGAAUUUACUCGUUGCAAAGAAGAAGGGAAAUCACGAUUGGACUUAUCCAAAUCAAGUGUGACCUUGCUACCUCCCUCAGUUCGUGACCUAACUCAUUUGACCGAAUUCUACCUCUACGGAAACAAGUUGGCGUGUCUUCCUCCUGAAAUAGGAUGUUUAGUAAACCUUUCAACUUUGGCACUCAGUGAAAAUUCUCUGACGGCCUUGCCAGAUAGCUUGGCCAACUUGCGUUGUCUUCGUGUACUCGACCUACGACACAACAAGUUGCAUGAAAUUCCUGACGUGGUUUACAAACUUCAUUCUUUGACCACGCUCUUUCUGCGCUUUAACCGAAUUCGCGUGGUUGGUGAAGAAAUCCGUCAGCUCACUCAUCUGACUAUGCUUAGUCUUCGGGAAAACAAAAUCCGCGAACUACCAGCAGGAAUUGGUCGGCUGACCAAUUUGAUCACCUUUGACGUGUCUCACAACCACUUGGAACACCUUCCUGAAGAAAUCGGCAAUUGUAUCCAGUUGUCUUCGCUGGAUUUGCAGCAUAAUGAACUCCUCGAUAUACCUGAGAGCAUUGGUCAGCUUCGUAAUCUCAAUCGGUUGGGCUUGCGAUAUAAUCGUCUGACAAGCGUACCCAGAUCACUGAGCAAUUGUAUCCAUAUGGACGAAUUCAACGUUGAGGGCAACGCCAUUUCCCAUCUUCCUGAUGGGCUUUUGUCUUCGCUUAGUCAGUUGACGUCCAUCACCUUCUCGCGCAAUUCGUUUACCGCUUAUCCUUCGGGUGGACCGUCGCAGUUCAUCAACGUACAUAGCAUCAACCUCGAACACAAUCAGGUUGACAAGAUUCCUUACGGCAUAUUUUCCCGAGCCAAACAUUUGGCCAAACUCAAUAUGAAGGAAAACCUAUUGACCUCUCUACCUUUGGAUAUUGGGACGUGGGUAAACAUGGUCGAACUUAAUCUCGGUACCAACCAGCUUAACAAAAUUCCUGAUGAUAUUGCUCUUCUUCAAUCUCUAGAGGUGUUGAUCUUAUCUAACAAUAAUCUAAAGCGAGUGCCAAACAGCAUCGGCAAUCUGCGCAAACUAAGGGUGCUUGAUUUGGAAGAGAACAAACUCGAAACUUUGCCCAACGAGAUUGGAUUUUUGCGCGAUUUAAAGAAGCUAAUCGUCCAGUCGAAUCAACUAACUUCUUUGCCGCGGGCAGUAGGCCAUCUUUCUAACCUGACCUACCUUAGUGUAGGGGAAAAUAAUCUGUCCUACAUACCAGAGGAAAUCGGUACGCUCGAGACACUGGAAUCACUCUAUCUGAAUGAUAAUCUGAAUUUGCACAAUCUGCCGUUUGAAUUGGCAUUGUGUUCCAGUCUACAGAUUAUGAGUAUCGAAAAUUGUCCGCUGUCGCAAAUUCCGGCUGAGAUAGUAGCGGGAGGCCCAUCCCUAGUUAUCCAGUUCCUUAAAAUGCAGGGCCCUUAUCGUUCUAUGUAAAGUGAAAGAGGCACAUCAGUUCAGUCUGAGCGCAUCCGAUUAGAUUCCGCAAAUUAAAUCUGACUCUUUACUCUCGCUCUCUCGAUUUUCAAACCUUUCGCUCUUGUUUCCGAGAACCCCUUCCCUCCGACCGUCUUUUAAUGGGUGACUACAUAAGAAUAUUAUGUAUGUUGUGUGCCAAUUUUGUCUCCUGUUCCCUUCGAGAUUGAUUCGAACCAUUUUAUGGUGUAGCUUGACACGAUUUUUUUUUUUUUUUUUUCGUUUUUCUAACUCGAAAGAAGUAGGGAUACCUGGCACAGAUUGAUAUAGCGAAUAUCUGUUCACCAUAUGCCCUACAUUUAUACUAUUUUGACAGGCUAAGAAGCGUUGUUGUAAAAAAGAAAAAAAAAAAAAAAAAGGAAAGAAAGAAAGAAAAACACUAGCAAUUGGGGCGGGUGUUUGCUCAAAAAAGAAGUAGCACACUUUUAACAAGGGUUAAGCAAACAUCUUUUUGCGCGCCAGCAGUGCUUGGUAUUGCGUAUCGUGUUUGCCAAUUUUUUUUUUAUUUUUUAUUUUUUCUCAGCAUUAGACACCCAGCUUUUAUGGGUUUAUAAGGCACGCUAUAUAGUUGUCCUACUGAAUCGAGACGUAAGGUUCACUAGUAGAAAAAAAAAGAAGGUUGAUAUGUUGAAUUGCCCUUUGAAGUGUGCGUGUUUUUAAGUGCCCAGGUCUGACUUUCUGUCCUUCGACCAUACACCGACACAAUUAAAUAACUGUACACAAGAUCCUUUCCUCUUUAGUGUUCAAACUUUUUGACUGUGUAUCAUCGUUUGGUGUUUACCCAGAUGCUACUCGUUUAUAUCCCACUGAUGUUGAAAAAAAAAAUUAACAUUUGAAAGCAAAAAAAGAAAAAAUAUAGUUAACGUGUUUGUAUCUACUAUUAUUCCAAUUGGUAUAUACACAUGUUCAUGGUUCUCCCAUGUGCUCCAAUUCA